CCAGUUUGGGAAGAAUUUGCAUUCAGAGAGAACAGGUUCUGGGUCCGAAACGGGAGCCCGAAGAGCCAAUGACUGUCCCCAUAAUUCUCCUCAGCGGUGUUCUGUGUCAGAGGACACAGGCUGCUGAAAUAACUCUUGCAGAAUUACCGUCCAGCUUGUGUCCUGUGAGCAUGCGUAUAACAACAAAGAAGACAUGUGGACCAAAAGCUGAGGCUCCAGGCUCCUAAAUCUUCUCUGCACAGCUCAAUUAGAUUGCAGUCGUCUCUUAAAAAGAUGACGUCUGCCACACCUCCCUCCUCCCGUAGCCCUUCUCCUCACAAAGUCUGCCACUCCCAGACUCAGACGGACGUCUUAAAACCUCUGCUGGGUGGCGGCGCGUCGGGCGGGGCGGGGAGGAAAAGGAGGCGCGUCUUGUCCAAAGAUGGCCGCAGCAACGUGCGCAUCGAGCACGUCAGCGGGAGGAGUGCCCUCUACAUGCGCGACCUGUGGACCACCUUCCUGGAGAUGCAGUGGCGCUACAAGUUCUUCCUGUUCACCGCCACGUUUGCGGGGACGUGGUUCUUCUUCGGGGUGCUGUGGUACCUGCUGGCUCUGGUGCACGGAGACCUGCUGGAGUUCGACCCUCCGUCCAAUCACACGCCGUGUGUGAUGCAGAUGCAGAGCCUCACGGGGGCCUUCCUCUUCUCCCUGGAGUCCCAGACCACCAUUGGUUAUGGUUUCCGCUGCAUCACCGAGGAAUGCCCAGUUGCCAUCAUCCUCCUCAUUGUCCAGCUGGUCAUCACCAUGCUCAUGGAAAUCUUCAUCACUGGGACCUUUCUGGCCAAGCUUGCGCGGCCAAAGAAGCGAGGCGAGACGGUGAAGUUUAGCCAGCACGCGGUGGUGUCCACCCACGAGGGCCAGCCCUGCCUGAUGAUCCGGGUGGCCAACAUGCGCAAGAGCCUUCUGCUGGGCUGUCAGGUGACGGGCAAACUUCUCCAGACGUCCCUGACAAAAGAGGGAGAGACGGUGCGUCUGGACCAGAGGAACGUGCCCUUCCAGGUGGACACCUCCAGCGACAGCCCGUUCCUCAUCCUGCCGCUCACUUUCUACCACGUCAUCGACGAGAAGAGUCCGCUGCAGGCCUGGGCUGCCAAGGGUGGGGGCUGGACGGAUCCAGACCUGGCUGACUUUGAGCUGCUGGUGAUCAUGAGCGCCACCGUGGAGCCCACCUCCGCCACCUGCCAGGUGCGCACCUCCUACCUGCCCGACGAGAUCCUGUGGGGCUACGAGUUCCCCCCCGUGGUCUCCCUGUCCACGUCUGGCAAGUACGUGGCGGACUUCUCCUUCUUCGACAAAGUGGCCAAGACCAAGACCACCCCCGUCUUCAAGGCCUCCUGCCCGGAGCCCGGGUACCAUAGCAACGGGGGCGGGCCCGUGUCCGAGGCCUCGGACCCGGAGAAGAUCCGCCUGGAGCAGAGCUACCGGGAGCAGAGGGGCGAGGAGCGCGGCCGCGUCCGGGAGGCCCCCCUCAGCGUCAGGAUCAGCAACGUGUGAGCCGAGCCCACCCCAACCGCCGCCCAGGAGAGAGAGCCCCCCCCCAAAAAAGAAAGAAAGACAGGAGACGCUCAAGUGGAGCGUCAGUAGCUCACCGGGGGACACGGUUCUGCACGACUAACUUCAAAAUGUAUCACGAGGAUGUAAAGAGAACCCCACAGGGGAACUGAAGACCACUGUACGUUUGCUGGGAUGCGAGGCGCUUUCCGCUGGUCAUAACACGGCCCGAGCCCAGAACCCAUCCCCAGCUGAAUACGCUCUCUAAGUAAAAACAAGUAACAGGUUAAAUAACACAACAAAGCAAGCAGAGAACAGGAUGGAGAUCUUAGUGUGUGUGUGUGUGGGUGUGUGU